CUACAACAAACAAGCAAGAAGCAAGCAGUUCGCAUCCAACCUGCUCCUACGACAUCCUCCACCUUGCUGACCUCUCGCAGUGAUGCCGUCCAUCUUGACGUCGGUCGUACCCUCCGGGUCACCGCCAGCCUGGUGAAUUGGAAUUGGCCCUGCUUCGGCACCACACCAGAUGAGUGAAGGUGGGCAACGCGUGGAGGUGCAGGACACGGAGAGAUCGGCGCUGGACCGCCUCCAGAGGCGAGACGCGGCAUCCCUCUCCGUGGUUCAGCUGUGUGAUGUGAUUCGCAGGGGACGGGCCAGCCCAAGUGUGGUGAGCUUUGGUCUCGCUCACCUCUUGGAGCGGCUCUCAUCAGUGAGGGCAUCAACGCAGGCAGAGGCUGCCCGUACUCCCUCAGGUUCUGCUUCAGUGCCGAGACAAGCAACAGGACCACUCCCUUCAGCCACGACAGCAUUCGAGUCAGCAGCGACAGAAGCAGUCACCACACGGACUCGAACAACAACGAGUAGCGAAGAUACACAAGCGCGGAAUGACCACGCCAUGGUCUUGCGCACCGUUCUUUCAUGUCUCCCUGCCCAUAUGGAGGCUGUGGAUGUGCAGGUGAACGGCAUGGGCGUGCUGCGCGCGGUUGUUGAAGCUGCAGAACAGCGGGACCAUGACCUUACGGCGGCAUGGCCUAUGGUGCUCAAGGCCAUGGAGACCCACAGCUCCAAGUACGAUGUGCAGUUGCAGGGUUGCUUGCUCUUGAAGGAGCUGCUCAGGCUGCACCCGAACCUGCUCCCUCUCCAACAAGGCGUGGCGGUCCUGUCACGGAUCGUGCGCACGUUCCGUGCCGCAAUUCGCGUCCAGCAUGCGGCUGCUGACACCCUGCUCCUGCUCUCGCGCAACGCGCAGGCGCGCUGGGCCUUGGUCGAGACGGACGUGCUUGUGGUGCUCCUGGAAAAGUGCCGCCACAACCCGGACAUCAUCGCACAUGCGCUGCGGGCGCUGUCCCACCGCAUCAGCCUGGAGGACCUGGACAGCCCGCUGCUGUGUUCCGGCAUUGUGAGCGCUGCCGUCGGUGCCAUGAGCCAGUGCGCUGCGUCCCCGCUUGUGCAGCAGUAUGGUAUGGGCGUGCUCCAGCUUGCUGCGUCGCCAGCGCUCGCCGAGGACCUGCGACGCGCUGCUGUUGAGGCGGCCCUGCAGGCCAUGCACUCGCACGCCGACCCAAGCGUGCGCCACGGUGCGUGUAUGGUGCUGCUCCUUACGGCACGCGCGGGCUACUACGGCGCGCUUCCAGCACAGGAGACAGUGCAACCUGUGAUGUUGUUUGUGAGCCAGCACUGCCACAGCGACGUUGGCUGGAAGACGCUUACUGCCCUCGCGGCCAUUGACGAAGAGCACCGCCACGUCAUGUGCCAGCAGGGGGUCGCGGGGCUGGUGACGGAGACGCUCCACUGCCUUCACCCGGAGGUGCUUGACCACGGAGUUGCGGCAAGCGAACAGCGCCGCGCCGUGCUCAUCGCAUCUGGGCACACGCGGCCAUGGGUCUGCAAGCUGGUGGAGGCGCUCGCCCGCACUCCACGUAUGCUGCCCCCGCUCAUCUGGGAGUGCAUUGCCGUGGAAAUUGUCAACGGGCUGUCCCGUGCAUACCCGGUGUGGGCGUUUGCUCGCUGCGCCCACUCGGCCCUCUUCUCCAUCUUCACGCGCUACGGCCCCGUGCGGCAGCUGGACUUCUUCCUCUUCCGCAGCGCCACCAUAGCGAGCAUGCGCAUGUGCUGGCGAGACGCGGACACGGUUCGCACGGCCGCGCUGUCGCUCAUGCAGCAGUCGGGGGUGAUGGGGUCGCCUGGGCCUUGGCGCAUCAGGCGCGGCGACGGCGGCAGCAGCAACACCAACAGCAGCAACAACAACAACAGCACUAACAGCGGCGACAGCGGCAUCCGUGGAGAGCGGGACAGGGACUCUCGCUCGUCAGCCACCAGCACAACCGCGUCCCAGGAUUCAAGCACGAGUGGUGCACCGUUGUCGGUGCCUGCCCCUGCACGAACACCAGCUCCUCCAUCAUCAUCAACAUCGUCGUCGUCGUCGUCGUCGUCAUCGUCGUCGGCACCCCCAACAACUGCAGAGAUACUGUCUGCUGCGCUUGCUGUGUCCGAGAGCGGGGCCGGACGAGAGGGCAUCAACGGUGCAGAUGGUGAUGGGCAGCUGCUCCCGCUGCUGGAUGUGGUUGGCGUGCUGUUGGCGGCAAUGGUGCGGUUUCGCAACGAUCACGACGUCCUCUGGCCGCUCAGCGAGUGUCUGCUCAACACCACGCGCACACGGCGGGCCGGCAAGCGCGUGUUGGCUAAGGAGGACGUGUCGGUGCUGCAUGACCUGAUGCGCCUGUUGGCGGAGCGGAGCGAGCGUGAGCUUGAACUCAGCCAGGGCGUAUUCCCACCCACACAGCGCGACAGCACCACGACUGGCACUGGCAGCAGCGGAGACUCCUCCACCAACCAGCAGGGUGUGCAAUCGUUCACUGUAGGUGCUGUCCUGCGCGGUGUUGGCAGCGCAGACGUGCUCUACAACAUGCUCGUGUUCCUGGACCGCGUGCUGGGGUUUGGGCGGAAGCAGCUGAUCGUGUUGCGGGAAAUGGGCACAGCGGAGGUGCUGCACGGUCUCGCACGUCAGUCAUCGCAGCUGCUGGAGCUGAAGGAGCUCUUGCAGGAACUCACCCAGAAGCUGCCCAUGCAAUCAGCCUGAGACGUGCGCACACGCGCGCGUGUGUGUAUGUGCGUGUGACG